AUGUCAAAGGUUUUGCUAUGUAUAGCAGUCCUUGUGACACAUUUCAAUAAGUCAUUCACACAGACAGAAUUUAGACGUGUCUGUCCACCUAAUCAGCUUGACGUUGGAAUCAGACGGGAGCCACAAGACAGCCUAACCACCCACACAUGUGUACCGGGUCCCCUUAAUGGUAGAUGUUUUAUACAAGAUGCGGAUGGUGGAUUUAAUUGUACAGCUGAUUUCCAGCUUCAAGGUGGCCUACCAAAUCGCCAGUCCCUAUGCUGGUGUGAACGUGUUGUAGGAGCAUUGGGUUUUCCCGCUUUCUGUGCAUGUACAGUGAGGAACAAGAAUGGUGGACACAGAUUUCAAACUGCUGUAUACUACAGAGUCACCGCGAAAGAGAUUUUCGUUGUCCAUAAUCCUACGUAA